UAGAACCAAACACCGACCCCUCCCCCUCUCCCCUCCUCUCUUGGAGAGCCUCGACUCGUGUCUCCUCUCCUUCCACAGAGAGAGGGACCACCACCGCCGCACGGCCCGCGCGACCUCGACCCCGCGCUCCCCUCCGCCGCCGUAUUGAUUCCGCCGCGCUGCUGGGAGCUAUGGCGGGCGGCUCUAGGGGCGGCUUCCCCGCCUGGAUGACCGCCGCCGCCGCGCGCAUCGACCUCUCCGGCGGCGCCGCCGCCACGUCCGGCUCGCAGCCUCCCCAACCCGGCCCUUCGCCCGCGGUGGUGGCCGACCAGGAGCUCGGGAUGGCCGAGCGCGCCCUCUCCGCCGCAAGCGCCGCCUUCAUCUCCGCCAUCAUCGUUAACCCUCUCGACGUCGCCAAGACGAGGUUGCAGGCGCAGGCGGCGGGGGUGCCUUACUACCAAGCACCCCAGAUGGCGGCGCUCGGCCCGGAUGCGAUACUGUCUGAGUUGCGAUGCUCUCCAUCAUGCACACGUGGUAUCAUUUUGGGAAGUGAACCUAUUUGCCCACCCGAUUGCUUUCAGUACAAGGGAACAGUUGAUGUAUUCUUGAAAGUUGUUAGACAGGAAGGAUUUGGUAGAUUAUGGAGAGGUACAAAUGCUGGCUUGGCAUUAGCUAUACCAACUGUUGGAAUAUAUUUGCCUUGCUAUGACAUAUUCCGCAACAAGAUUGAAGAUUUUACAAGAAGCAAUGCUCCUGGGUUGACACCAUAUGCCCCACUAGUAGCAGGAUCAGUUGCACGUUCGCUCGCAUGCAUUGCUUGUUCCCCAAUUGAAUUGGCAAGGACACGGAUGCAGGCGUAUAAGGAAUUUCAGCCUGGAGUAAAGCCUCCUGGAAUGUGGAAAACAUUGCUUGGUGUUCUUUCACCACAUGCAAGUCCAAGUCAGAAUGCAGUGCAAAACUAUCGUGUUCUAUGGACGGGUGUGGGGGCACAGCUUGCUCGGGAUGUUCCAUUCUCUGCUAUAUGCUGGUCAACGCUGGAGCCGAUUCGAAGAAAGCUGCUUGGUCUUGUUGCAGAGGACGGUGACGCAGCUAGUGUGUUGGGAGCGAACUUUGCUGCUGGCUUUGUAGCAGGUAGUCUUGCUGCUGGUGUUACAUGCCCUCUUGAUGUUGCCAAGACAAGGAGACAGAUAGAGAAGGAUGCCCAGAAGGCAAUGAGAAUGACCACGAGGCAAACGUUAGUUGAUAUAUUGAGGUCUGAAGGUCCAAAAGGCUUGUUCACUGGUGUUGGUCCACGCGUCGCUCGUGCUGGACCAUCAGUUGGUAUUGUCAUUUCCUUUUAUGAGGUCGUCAAGUAUGCUCUUCACCAAAGGAACAUGUCAUGACCAGGAUUUUGUCCGGAAGAUAAAACUAUCACCCUCUUUUGUAGAAACAUGGCAUUCCCCAGAUCUGUCUAGUUUAUGCCAGCCACUCGAGCUUUGGGCAGCGUAAGGUGUGGUAAAGGCUCAAAUUAGAGGAUCAAAGUGACCAGCAAUCAGCAUUAUUUUUCCUGGACGAGGUCCAGUUGUCUCCUGGUAAUAAUGUUUAAAGGCUUUCAGUUUGCCGCGGAGCAAGCUCCAGUUUUGUAGAGGGGAAUGGACCAUAUAACUUUGAUUAACUUACGUAGGAAGAUGGAUGUAGUGUAAGAUGUAGCAUUGACGAUGAUCAAUAAUACCUUGUGCUUUGUACACUUAAAACUACAGAAUAAUUUUGUUU